CCCAGGGUCAUGCUUGCUCCGUGCUUGGACGACCGCCCGCAGCCUUGUCCCUAUGUAUCCUACUUUAAGACUGCAUGCCAUCAUGCUUGCGCGCAUCCUACUCGCUAUGGUCAUGCAAACAAGACUCGGUGUACCACGCCACUACCUCUUCGUCCCUCCUUCGACACUGUCGUUUGCUACCACACACCACUAUGAGUGACAGCAGCAGGAUAUCCCAGAAAGCACAGCACCUCGCUCGUAUACGAGACAACCAGCGACGCUCGCGCGCUCGACGAAAAGAGUAUCUGCACGAGCUCGAGGCAAAGCUGCGCAGCUAUGGGCAGAUCGGCAUCGAAGCCUCAUCAGAAAUUCAAAUUGCUGCUAGAACAGUCCUCGAGGAGAACCGCAAGCUCAAGGCUAUCCUCCGUGAACGGGGAGUGUCGGAGCCCGAGGUGGCGGCCGCCUUAGAACGCACACCAGAUCAGCACAGCACGCAGCUUUAUGCAGCACCGAGACUGAGUGCCAUGCUUGAAGGAAGAAUCAAGACAGACCCAGCCUCGUCGACGACCCCAUGCAUAGCCUCCCAGACAAGAACGUUGAUGCCUCGGCCCACGCCAUCAGCUCCAUCGACCAACACCCUACCUCCACGUUCCACUGAUCUCAGUUGCGAUGAUUCACCCAGCCCUGGGUCAGUCGCAUCCAACAUGAGCACCCCGCCACCUUCUUCCCACUCGGCAACAUUUCGCCCUGCGCCCAUGACUCCGCCAGGCGUGGAGAUCAAACUCGAGGACGUUUCAUACGACUAUCCCUACGAGCCACCAUACAACACUUCUUGGACCCACCAAGGCGACUACGGCUACCUUUCAGACCCCUUUACUUACUAUACCCGCCCUUCAUACGUCGACCACACCAAAUUGGCGGGUGUGACGCAGCCGGACACUGGAACUGAGCUGGAGAACGGCAUGGGGUAUCGCUAUCCUGCUCAAUGUUGUUGCACCCACAGCGCAACAAUGUUUAACAUGAUGAACGGCUAUUCACAACACUCUACCGCGAUGUGACCCAGAAGGUCAGAUCGAUGAAAGUACUUGGUUUCAUGUUCCUUCCUGGUUGCUGGAACACCCCUUUUUGUUGAUACACACUUAGAUAUUCCGCGCGUGUAAGCACUUUUGACCUUGUUUUAUUUUUUCUACUUCUACUAGUACGAAGUCAAUCUACAAGCAUUUCUUCUCAGCCCCUUAUUCUCUAGGACGAAUAUUUACCAACUUUGGCCAUCCUGUUGCCUGUUGCGUUUACUGUUUUCAAUCUUGCUUUGAGUUGUACCCCUCCUGUAACAUCACUUGGCAGCCUGAUCCAAUGGGUCACCUACAGGCUUGAUGAACUUAACGAAUUACGCAAGAAGCACCUAAAGCAACAUGUACAUAAGUCCCGU